AUGAGCCGAGGGGACAACCAGCUUCCAAGCAUUUGCUUUGACGAUGAUCACCAUCUCCGUGUACUUAAUAAAGAAAACAUUGAGCAUACGCAAGAGCUUGAGCAGGAGAGCAAUCAGUUUGCGACAAAACUCGAAGAAUUUCAUGCCAUAAUCAAGGGCGUACUUGAGGUAAUGGAAGGUCAAGCUAAGCGCAUUGAGCGUGGAAAGCUGAAGGCCAUUGGCCAACGCAACCGUGUCGACAGCGAAGUAGAAAAUCGGAAUCGUCAGAAGCAGAUGCUGGAGUUGCUUAUUAAGGAAAAGAAGACCGAGCUUGAGCGGUACAACUUACAGUAUCAGUCGCUCACGAAGAUAGCAGAUGAGCAACAACUGCUCAUGGACAAGCUUAGUAACAAUGAAGCGUAG